AUGAUUCACUGGCUGUUUAUCUUUUCGUGUUUCGCCGGUGCUGGGGCGGGACCUGUGUUCACACAGCAGCCGACAGACCUGGUGGUGGUGGCGGGCCAGCCGGUGACGCUGCCCUGCUCCAUCCCCGGCUACCACGGCAUGGUGCUCUGGCUGCGUGACGGUAUGGCCCUGGGGGUCAACCGAGACGUCUCAGGGUACCCACGCUACGACAUCGUCGGGGACCACAGCAAGGGGGAGUACCACCUCCUCAUCCAGCGCACCGAGAUGCAAGACGACGCCUUCUUCGAGUGCCAGGCCAUCCAGGCGGCCAUCCGGUCGAGACCCGCCCGCCUCACCGUGCUGGUUCCCCCCGAUGACCCGGUGAUCGUGGGCUCCCCGGUGGUGAGCCUGCGGGCGGGCGACCACCUCAACCUCACCUGCCACGCGGAUAACGCCAAGCCCGCCGCCUCCAUCAUCUGGAUCCGCAACGGCCUGGUCCUGAGUGGAGCCAUGUACUCCAAGACGCUGUUGCGCGACGGCAGGAGAGAGAGCACGGUGAGCACCCUCUACCUGUCUCCCAGCAACAUCGAGUCAGGACAGCAGAUCACCUGCCGGGCCUCCAACAAGGCCGCACCCAACGGGAAGGACACAACGGUCACCGUCGACAUCCAACACUUGCCGCUGGUCAACCUGACUGUGGACCCCCAACCCGUCCUGGAGGGGAACCUGGUGCGCUUCCACUGCGCUGCCAAGGCCAACCCACCUGUCAUCUACUACAGAUGGGCCAAGGGUGGCCAUCCAAUCCCAGAGGUGACAGGCGACAGCUACGAGGUGGUGGUGGACCACUCCUUCUUCACUGAGUCCGUGUCCUGUGAGGUGACCAACGCCCUGGGGAACACCAACAUCAGCAGAAACGUGGACGUCUACUUUGGCCCCAGAAUGGCGGCGGAGCCCCAGUCUCUCCAGGUGGACCUUGGAUCCGAUGCGAUCUUCAACUGUGCCUGGACGGGGAACCCCUCUCUGACCAUUGUGUGGAUGAAGCGGGGUUCAGGAGUGGUGCUCAGCAACAAGAACACUCUGACACUGAAGGCGGUGAAACAGGAGGAUGCUGGGAAGUACUUGUGCCGAGCUGUGGUCCCAAGGGUUGGUGCCGGCGAGAAGGAGGUGUCUCUCACCGUCAACGGCCCUCCGACCAUCUCCAGUACCCAGACUCAGCAGGCGCUGUACGGCGAGAAGGGCCAGAUCAAGUGCUUCAUCCGCAGCACGCCACCGCCCGACCGCAUUGCGUGGUCGUGGAAGGAGACGGUGCUGGAGUCGGGCACGUCCGGCCGCUACACGGUGGAGACGGUCAGCACGGAGGAGGGGGUCAUCUCCACGCUCACCAUGAGCAACAUCGUGCCCGCCGACUUCCAGACCAUCUACAACUGCACGGCGUGGAACAGCUUCGGCUCCGACACGGAGAUCAUAAGGCUGAAGGAGCAAGAGACUCUGCGGUUGGCUGUAAUUAUCGGAGUGGCAGUGGGGGCCUUCCUUGCUCUCACAGUCCUCAUGGGAACAUUAGCUGCCUUUUGUUGUGCCCGUUUCCAAAGAAAGGAUGUCCAUCUAGUCAUGACGUCUCUGCCCGUGUCCCUAUCACGACAGAGAGAUAUCAAGUCAGAAAAUCUGAAAGGCGUGGUCUCAACCAAAAACGACAUCCGUGUGGAGAUUGUUCACAAGGACCACAGCGCAGCCAGGGAGAACGAGGAGCACGGCGGCCUCAAACAGAUGAUGAUUGAUCGCGGUGAAUUCCAGCAGGAGCCCGUUCUGAAGCAGCUGGAGGUGCUUCAGGAGGAGGAGAAGGAGUUCCAACACGUCAAGGACCCCACCAACGGCUACUACAGCGUCAACGCCUUCAACGAGCACCACCCCACGCCCACCAUGCCCCUGGCGGCGGGCCAGGCCACCCCUCCGGACGCGGCCCGCAGCCCCCCCAGCGGCUCCAUGACCAUGGGCAAGCAGCGCGUGCCCACGGGCAUGUCCUUCACCAACAUCUACAACACGCUGGGCGCGGGCCCCAACCGCCUGUACGACUACGGCCAGCGCUUCGUGCUGGGCAUGGGCAGCAGCUCCAUCGAGCUGUGCGAGCGCGAGUUCCAGCGCCGCUCGCUCAGCGACUCCGGCUCCCUGGUGGACACGCAGUGCGACAGCAGCGUCAGCAGCUACGGCAACAAGCAGGACGGCUACGUGCAGUUUGACAAGGAGGGAAGCAGCAAGGCCUCGGCCGCCUCCUCCUCCGCCUCCCACUACUCCCAGUCGUCGCUGCAGAACUCCUCGGAGCUCGGCCGGCCCCUGCAGAAACGCAUGCAGACGCACGUCUAGACGGCGUGAAGGGGGGAAGGGGGAGGUGGUUACCCCUACAGGUGGAUGAGAAGAUUCUGGCGGAAGGGAUGCAGCAUCCGAGAGCGUUUUUCGCGGCGUGAUCCUGUUUUUAGGCGUUGUGAUCCUGUUCAAGCCUGAUUGGUGGUUCGAGCGUCCCCUCUCCCCCCGGGGGUCUUGAACGCCACGCACAGCGGAUGCACAUAAAAGAGAUAAAAAGGCAACCGAAUUGUAAAAGCAUUCCCCUUGUUUCGGGAGAACACCACACGUUGAGAGAGAGAGGAAAAAAAAAAAUCAUGUCCAAUAUUAAUUUGUGUGACAAUCCGCCGUCUGCUUUAAGGUCCCAGUUCAUUUGAAGAUUGCCAUCGACGCACGGUGAUUCGCCACAUCGCCGCCACCGCAUUCAUCGCGUUUUCAACCUAAACAGCCCACGCUGAAGAUGUGCCCCUCUCGUGAACGUUACCUCAAUACUAUAAAAAGACAACUCUUGUUAAAAAUAGAACGGUUUCUUUUUCUGUUUUUUUUUUACCUUUGGGAGGAAGCCACUAAGGCCUGUGAGCUCAGCCGCCGGGCCUGGCAUUUGGAGGACAAAGAUUUAUUGUUAAUAACUGACAAUGGCAUUUGGUGUAACCCCGGUGAAGAAUUCACGAGACGAGUACUGAAACUUUGACCGUCAACCGCCAAAGUUACAAGCACUAUAAGACGGGGCUCCAGUCUCCGGACGAACGGUUACCUCCACACUAAAGCCAAUGUUGAACUUCCCUCCCGGAUCUGAAAAUCUGUGGUUGUCUUUGAUAUGAUGUGCUGUUUUCUUACUGUAUUUUUCUUUGUUCUUUCUCUCUGCCAUCUUUAUAAAGGCAACUCAUUUUUUUUCAGCUGUGUUUUUUUCCGUUAUUUUUGGCUGUUUGAUGUUCUGCCUGGUGGAAGUUGUUAUGCACUGUUGGAUCACAGACAAAUGCAUGGAAGUGAAUGGAAGUGUGAGUGUGUGUAAUCUUUGUGCAUCGCACACAUGGUAGGCCUACGUUUUUCCCCAAACUACCACUGUUGGGCUGCUCCUUUUCCCCUCCUUCGAUGAAAAGGACCUUAUGUUUACAAGUAUUCAAGCAAGGAGGACUGAGCUCUACUUUUACCCAUUCAAUGUGAGACACUUUGCAGGCUUGUAUGUUUAUACUUUAUCUCUGGGGAGGGGUCUGACUAGCUGAAAGGGUUAUUAUUUUCUUUCUCCCGACCCUUUCCCCCCUGCUGUUACUGUGUUGUUUACACUGGAGCUGUAUAAAGAUGAAAAAAUGCCUUUUUGUGUGUGUCAUAGGCUACUGUAUUUUGACUUCCAAAUGACAAGCGGUGCAGAUAAACGACAUCAUUCGGCCCGAGGUCCUUAAUCUCUCGGUAAGCUGUGUUCGCCCACUGUUUUAAGUGGGCUAAAGCGCCAGAGAGCUGAACCUAACAACGAAAAUGCCCCCACUUGUAUUUUCUAUGGCAUGACGGUGGAGUCGCUGCAUUGAGAAACGAAAGGGGGUUGAAGAGAACAAACAAACACACCUCGUGUCUAUCUUUAAUAAACCACCAGGGCUCCCUUUGACUGAAGUGAUAAAAGUCUCAUCUGGCAUGAUUACAGGAGUGGACUUGUUUUUUUGUUUCUCUUUUUUUUUCCUAUGCCAUCGCGCCGAGCUGCCAUAAGAUGAAGUCCCGUUGCGACAAAAACCAACAGGAUCAGAAACGCUAUCAGCAGCCACAUGACAAAGGGGACAAAGAGGGAGGGGUGUCUUAACACCACCACCAUAGAACAGGGGGCGGGGGGAGUUGACGUACGGGGGGAGUUGAUGUACUGUCCAAAUGACACAUUUUCCAAUGCUUUGGGUGCUGCUGCCGCGGCGCAAUGAAAAGGAAUCUACAAAUCACUUUCACAGGUUUUGACAAUCUGGUGUCACCUGUUGGGGAAUUCUGUCGUGAACAUAUUAUACUAUUGCUGUACAGGGUGAACGAUUUUUGUGCCAACAUUGUGUUUUGAUUAAAGAAAGCUACGAUACAGCUCAGUUUGCGACUUUCUUGUGUGUGUGUGUGUGUGUGUGUGUGUGUGUGUGUGUGUGUGUGUGUGUGUGUGUGUGUGUGUGUGUGUGUGUGUGUGUGUGUGUGUGUGUGUGUGUGUGUGUGUGUGU